AUGGCGGCGGCGCCGGUGGCCUCGCGGUCGGAGGGUCCCCCGCUGCCCGGCCCGCCCGGCGGCCGCCCGAGACCCGUGUGUUCGCGGCCGUACUUCCUCGUCCUCAUGGUGUUCGCCCACCUCUACGUCCUCAACGUGCUGGGGCUGCUGCUCUUCGUGCACCUCAGCGCCGGAGAGCCCGGAGGGCCGCCCGCAGCUCCCCCGCCGCCGCCGCCGCCGCCAGCCCGCGCCCUCCCGCGCCUCGAGGGCAUCAAGGUGGGCCACACGCAGCGGGUGGAGCUGGUGCCGGGCAGGGUCCACGCCGUGCGCACCCUCAGCCUCAAGCCGCUGCUCUUUGAAAUUCCUGACUUCCUGACAGAGGAGGAGUGCAAGCUCAUCAUCCAUCUGGCCCAGCUGAAGGGGCUGCAGAAGAGCCAGAUCCUACCAACAGAUGGCUAUGAGGAAGCCAUGGGAAUGAUAGAAAUCAGCCAGAUGGACAUUUUCAAUCUGCUGGACCACAACCACGAUGGGCAGCUGCAGCUCAAAGAGGUGUUGACCCACACCCGGCUUGGGAAUGGCAGGUGGAUGACCCCCGAAAACAUCCGGGAGAUGUACACUGCUGUCAAGGCUGAUCCUGAUGGGAAUGGUGUGCUGAGUUUGGAGGAGUUCAAACGAUUAAAUAUCCAUGAUUUCCACAAGUACAUGGGAAGCCAGAAAGUGAAGAUGAGUGACUUGGUGCGCAACAGCCAGCACACAUGGCUGUACCAGGGCGAGGGGGCUCACCAGGUGAUGAGAUCCAUACGGCAAAGGGUAAUGCGCCUGACUCGCUUGCCCCCCGAGAUUGUGGAGCACAGUGAGCCCCUCCAGGUUGUGCGCUAUGACCAAGGAGGACACUACCAUGCCCAUAUGGACAGUGGCCCCGUCUUCCCCGAGACUGCCUGCAGUCACACAAAGCUGGUUGCCAAUGAAAGUGCUCCCUUUGAGACCUCCUGCCGGUAUGUGACGGUACUGUUCUACCUGAACAACGUGACUGGGGGAGGCGAAACAGUCUUUCCUAUAGCUGACAACAGGACGUACGAAGAGAUGUCUUUGAUUCAGAACGAUGUGGACCUGCGAGAUACACGGAAAAACUGCAACAAGGGCAAUUUGCGAGUGAAACCUCAGCAAGGCACUGCUGUCUUCUGGUACAACUACCUGUCAGAUGGAGAAGGCUGGGUAGGAGAGCUGGACGACUUUGCCCUGCAUGGGGGCUGCCUGGUCACACAGGGCACCAAGUGGAUUGCCAACAACUGGAUCAAUGUUGACCCCAACCGGCGGCGCCAGCUGCAGUUCCAGCAGGAGAUGGAGAGAUAUGUGGCGGCUGGAGCCCCAGGAGCCCCGGGCGAGUGGACAGUGGAUAAAGCGUACAGCGGGAUGCACUUGGAGCUGUAGAGCUGACCGCAAAAGGCUGCUCGGGGGCGCGCACGUGGCCUUUUCCCGCGCCGGGCCGGAGGGGGCGAUGGUGCGUGGCGCACCAAUAAAGCGUGCAGAGACGGA